UCUUGAAAAUACCCUGCAUUCUAUUUUUUUUUGUGAAAGGACAAUAUAGUAAUGAUAGUAAUUGAUUGUCAGGAAAAUGAAUUUGUGCUAUCCAGAUCCGUAAAACACAGUUUUCUCAAAUGAAAUGUGUUUCGAAUCGUGACUAUUGCAUAAAAUUUAGUACGAUACUUAAAGUGUACAAAUAGCAAAAAAUCAUGAACUAUUGUUGAUUGAGAUAACAAACCGUUCCACCAAAUCUAUCAAAGUUGAAGUUUUGAAUUAUCUCACCAGUGAUAUUUUACAAUACAUCGUUUGAUCUCAUGGAUAUGAGGUAUUUGUUUUGGAUGAAGUAAUGAAUAAUGAUCAUUCGUUAUUCAGUUACUGCCACGAGCAACUCUUUCUGGCAGAUGCAACUAACUAAAAGUUGGUUGAUUGGGGAAACAAAAUCGAGAGUGCAAUAUAAAUGAUGGCUUCCAUACUAAGUGCUGACGGCAGACCCAGAGAUGGUUCUACCGAAAAUAAAUAUAUUUCUGUUGCAGAAUUUUACAAUGGCAGAAGCAUAUUUAUAACCGGAGGAACGGGUUUUAUGGGCAAGGUUCUGAUAGAAAAGCUACUACGUUCAUGUCCUGGAAUAAAAAAUAUUUUUAUCCUUAUUCGGCCCAAGCGUGGGCAGGAUAUAUCAGAGCGGUUGUUAGAAAUGAUUAGUAGCCCACUUUUUGAAAAAGUACGCCGUGAAAAUCCUGCUAACCUUAAAAAAAUUGUUCCAAUAAAUGGAGAUAUUACGCUAAACGAGUUAGGAAUUUCUGAAAUUGACCAAAGUACAAUUUGUCAAGAAGUGUCUAUAGUAUUUCAUUCAGCAGCCACUGUCAAAUUUGAUGAAAAAAUUAAAGAAUCUGUUACAAUUAACAUGAUAGGAACUAAACAACUAAUGGAACUAUGUCAUAGGAUGCUAUGUUUGGACGCUUUGGUACAUGUGUCAACAGCGUAUUGCAAUUGCGAUAAAAAAGAAGUUUGCGAAGUCAUAUAUCCUCCACCAUACAACCCUGAAGAUAUAAUCCAAUUAGUUAGAUGGUUUCCGGAAGAUAUACUGGAAAAGCUUACUUUCUCACUUAUUGGCAAUAGACCAAAUAAUUAUACUUUUACAAAAGCUAUGGCUGAACACAUGCUAUUAAAAGAAGCUAGGGGAUUACCUGUGUCCAUAGUUAGACCAUCAAUAGUCUUAUCCAGUUUCAAAGAGCCUAUUAGCGGUUGGGUCGACAAUUUCAAUGGCCCAACAGGUAUUGUAUCUGCAGUUAGUAAAGGAUUGUUUAGAACAAUUUUAUGUGAGGAAUCGUAUGUAGCCGAUUUGAUACCAGUUGACUUAGUGAUAAACCUCAUGAUUGUCGCUGCUUGGCACACUGCUUCUCGAAGAAACGUUAGCAAUAUAACAGUAUAUAAUUGCACGAGUGGUAACGACAAUCCUAUUACAUGGGGUACUUUUGUGCACAUGUGUAUCAAAAACAUGAGAGAACAUCCUGUUGAGGGUGUAUUAUGGUAUCCUACCGGAAAUUUAAGAAAAAAUGUUGCAUUGAACUUCAUACACGGAGUUCUGACACAUUUCAUUCCAGCAGUAUUUUUGGAUAUCAUUUCCGUUGUUAUGGGACGGAAGCCAAUCAUGAAAAUAGUCCAAUCAAAACUUGGGAAAGCUGCAACGUGUCUUCAAUAUUUUACGAAUGCUCAGUGGCGCUUUCGAAACGAUAAUGUACGAAAUUUAUUGACCUUCUUGAGCACAGAAGACAAACAAACAUUUCAGUUUGACGUCGCAUCAAUCGACUGGACGGACUACAUUCAGAGAUAUGUUCUUGGAUUCCGAGAAUUUUUGUUUAAACAAAAUCCGUCAACAUUAGAGAAAUGCAGAAACAACAUGUAUAAAAUGUAUCUCCUUCACCAAUUUACUAAACUUGUUUUGGUUGGGUGUAUAUGGCGCUUCCUUCUGAAAAAAUCAUACAAGCUAAGAAGUGUAUGGCAGAAAAUUCUUAAUAGUCUAGUAGGAAUUAUGAAAAUUGUAGCCUUCUUCUGAUAACAUAUUUAUUUGUUUGUAAAGGUUACAGCGCCCACUGCAAUCCAUUCAUUCUAAGCACAUGGAUAGAGCCUCUUUGACGAGCA